AUGUGCCCGUGCCGACGACGUGGUGUGCAGUGUAUUAUCGCGCGCGCGGAUGCGACGGCCGACGAGGAAGUCGCGGGUGUAGCAGCACGACGACCGGACGGGAUCCCGCUUGCGCUGUGUCAUGUGUACGACGACGAGGAAGGACCCGAGUUGAGGUGCAGGCACCCGAGACGUGCGAAUUCCCACGCGGAGUGUGCCGAGCCUCGUGCAUCGCCGGAGUUGACCCGCGGAGCCGGCAAACUGGAGAUCCUGGGGAUGUUCCCGCCGCGCACGGAGGCGCCGACAGCCGACAAGCUGACGUUCUGCUACGCACCCCACGUCGACAUGGCCACGGUCAUCGAAGUCGAGGACCGUCUGACUGGUCAUGGGGGCAUUUCCUCGCUGGGCGGCGGGAACUCGUCGCCCUAUUCCGGUGCCCAUCACCACGGACACCGGGGAAACGGAAACGGGGGCGGCAUGCCCCACCACGGGGGCGCCUCGCUGCCGACCGCCUCCGACUUCCAACCCCCCUACUUUCCACCCCCGUUUCCCUCGCAUCACCAUGCGCCCGCUAGCCCCCAGCAUCCCGGCCUCGGCCAACCGCAACACCUGGAUUACCUCGUCGGCGAUCCUUAUACGCAAACGCUCAACACGCUGCACCAGCACCACUACAAUCACCUGAGCGCUGCCGUCACCGCGGGCCAGAGGAGCGGCGAUCUCAGGAGAGACACCGAGGGGAUUCACGUGACGAACAUGCACGCGUCGUUCCCGUACGACGGUGGACGCAGUAGUGGUGGCGGCGGCGGCGGCGGAGGCGGCGGCGGCGGCGGUGGCGGCGGUGGAAGGGGCGUCGAGUAUGGCGCCGUACGCCGUCCUGACGCCCUCCUACCGCCUCCGGGCCUCGACCAGACCGACCUCGUUCUGCACAGCAGCCUCGUUGACGACCCCCAGGUGAGCGACGAUAACACAAAUGUGGACGAUGGAGGGUUCAUGAACGACCUGCCGCUAUUAAAAAACAUGAAACCUUCGGACAGGAGCGAGAAGGCUAUGUUGUCCGGAAACGCGCAACCGUCGGACGUAUUCUGUUCGGUCCCAGGACGAUUAUCGUUACUAAGCAGCACCAGCAAGUACAAAGUUACGGUAGCGGAGGUACAAAGACGACUGUCGCCACCGGAAUGUUUGAACGCGAGUCUCCUCGGUGGCGUGUUACGAAGGGCGAAAUCCAAAAACGGCGGGCGUCUGCUUAGGGAAAAACUGGAAAAAAUCGGUUUGAAUCUGCCAGCCGGUAGAAGGAAGGCCGCCAACGUCACGCUCUUAACAUCUUUAGUGGAAGGAGAAGCCAUUCACCUUGCCAGGGACUUCGGCUACGUUUGCGAAACCGAAUUCCCCGCGAAGCAAGUCGCCGAGUACCUCAGUCGGCAGCAUUGCGAACCGCAAGACUCCUACAGGAGAAAAGAACUUCUUCAUGCCACCAAACAAAUCACCAAAGAGCUGAUGGAUCUUCUGAACCAGGACAGAUCGCCGCUCUGCAAUACGCGGCCGCAACAUAUCCUCGAUCCCAGUAUACAGAGACAUCUCACCCAUUUCUCUCUCAUAUCACACGGAUUCGGAAGUCCUGCGAUCGUGGCCGCUUUAACGGCUAUACAGAAGUUCCUAAGCGAGUCUUUGAAUCAUCUGGAGAAGAUGUAUCCCGGGAACGGCAGCGGCGUGACGAGCAGUCAACAGUCGAAUCUCGACUCGAGCAAGAGCAAGGACGGCGCGCUGAUGAACGACAUGAAGAAGUGA